AUGGGCCACGCAGCCUAUGCCGACGACAUCAAGCCUCCCCCACAGGGAUAUGCGCUCAACAACAUGAGUCGGAGCAGCAACGGCGACGGCGGCGUUGAUAAGUCUUCCUCUUCUGUCAAGGAUCUCGACGAUGAUUUAAAGCACACGACCACAACUGCCCGCGACUUGGGCGAUGGCGAUGAGGACGAGGAUCGCGACAACCGUGGCGGUUGGAGAGGAGGUAGUAGGCGCGGUGUCGCGGCCAACGACAAUGACGACGAUGCUGGCACCGUCGAGGAGGGGAGUAUCACGGAGCGCGCUGGUGCUGGUUCCGCUGAAUAUCGUGUUUACAAGAAGCGAUGGUUCGGACUCGCUAUACUGACCUUGAUGAACAUCAUUGUCAGUUGGGACUGGUUGACUUUUUCACCCGUCUCGCAAUUUGCCGCCGAGUAUUAUGGUGUGGACGAGUCGGUAAUCAACUGGCUAUCAAUUGGCUUCUUCUUCAUCUUUGUAGUUGUCAGUCCUUUGACCAUCUGGAUGCUGCAUAUGAAUCCCAAGAUUUCCAUCAUGACAGCCGCCGCGCUGAUGCUUGUGGGAAAUUGGAUUCGCUAUGCCGGUUCACACUCGAGCGACGGAGGCAACUUUGGCGUCGUCAUGUUUGGCCAGCUUCUGAUCGGGGCCUCACAGUCGUUUGUGCUGAGCGCCCCGACCAGAUACUCUGAUCUCUGGUUUACCCCCCGAGGCCGCAUCGGUGCGACCGCCAUCAUGAGUCUGGCCAAUCCUUUUGGUGGUGCGCUUGGUCAGCUCAUCGUGCCUUUUAUGGUGACAAAGGCGUCCGAUACCAGCUCCAUGGUUCUCUACGUCAGCAUCAUUGCUACCGUCAUUUGCAUUCCAUCUUUCUUCGUCCCGGCAAAGCCCCCGACGCCACCGGCUCACUCUGGCGAGACGGUCAAAGAAUCGCUCCUGACCUCUGCUCGCAAAUUGAGCAAGAGCGUCGAGUUUUGGCUCCUCUACAUUCCCUUUAGCAUCUUUGUCGGCUUCUUCAACUCGAUAUCAUCUCUGCUGAACCAGAUGAUGCAGCCAUAUGGCUUCACCUCCGACGAGGCUGGCAUUGCCGGCGCCGUGCUCAUCGUGGUCGGACUGGUGGCUUCUGCCAUCACCUCACCCAUCCUUGACCGCACCAAAAAGUUCCUCCUCGCCGUCAAAAUCGCCGUCCCUAUUAUCGCCAUCUGCUACCUCAUCUUCAUAUGGAUGCCGGCCACGCGUGAUCUGGCCGGCCCAUACGUUGUUCUUGCCAUAUUGGGCGCCGCGUCCUUCUCGCUCGUUCCCGUUGCCCUCGAGUUUCUGAUUGAAUUGUCCCAUCCUUGCUCCCCCGAGGUCACAAGUACGCUUGGCUGGGCCACAGGUCAGCUAUUCGGUGCCAUCUUCAUCCUCAUCUCCAAUGCGCUCAAGGCCGGCCCGGAUGCGAACCCGCCCUACAAUAUGGACAGGGCAUUGAUCUUUCAAGGUGUAGUGGCACUGGCCGUCACGCCGCUACCCAUGUGUUUGGGGCUUUUUGGCCGCCAGGAUAACUUGACGCUGAGGAGACUUAACAGCGAUACGCGUUGA